AUGCUGCGUCAGUAUGUUCGCCAGUUUCGUCAGGGGCUGGUCCGCAAGUGGCCACUGGAGCCCCGGGAGGAGUCUGAGAGUCGCAGAGCUCCUCUGAGCACCCUCGACCUGGUGACCUUGGGUGUGUGCAGAACUCUGGGGGCUGGCGUGUACGUCCUGAUUGGUGUCAUAACCCUGCUCAUCACUGGACCAGCGAUCGUCAUCUGCUUUUUGGUGGUCGCCCUCUCUUCUGUGUUGUCUGGACUCUGCUAUGCCGAAUUUUGGUCCUAUGUACCACGGUCCGGUUCUGCCUAUCUUUACAGUAUCGUCGCCAUGGGAAAACUGUGCGCCUUCAUCAUUGGCUGGAACGUCUUACUGUAUUUAGUGGCUGCCGCAUCCUGCGUGACCAGGGCUUGGAGUUACGCCUUUGACAGCCUCAUUGGGAACCACAUCUCUAAGGCAUUAGACAGAAUUUUCUCUCCACACAUGCCCUCUGUCCUGGCCCCAUACCCAGACUUCAUUGCCCUGGGCCUGGUGCUGCUGAUGACUGGACUACUGGUUCUGGGAGCUCGUGUGACAACCCUGAUUAUCAAAGUGUCCACAGGCUUGAACCUUUUUGUUCCAAUCUUCAUGAUCCUCUCUGGCUUCAUUAAGGGAGACCUGCACAACUGGCACCUCACAGAACAGGACUACAAGUCGAAUACAUCUGGAUCCAGCAGCACCUUUAGGCCAGGAGGGUCCUCUUGGGUGGGACCUCUGGGUUCUGGAGGGUUUGUGCCCUUUGGCUUUGAAGGGAUUGUCCAAGGAGCAGCUAUACUUUUCACCUCCUAUUUUGGUGUUCAUGGCAUGGUCACUGCAGGGAAGGAAGCCCCAAAUCCUCAGCGUUCCAUCUCCUUGAGCUUGCUGGUCUCCAUCUUCAUCGGCUUUCUGGCGUACUCUGGAGUCUCCGCGGCGCUCACCCUCAUGGUGCCCUACUACCGGAUUUACCCUUAUAGCCCCUUGCCGCAGGCCUUCCUCCAGGUCGGAUGGGGCCCGGCUGGAUAUGUCGUGGCUCUUGUCUUACUGUGUACUCUUUUAUACAGCUUCCUAUGUGCCAUGCUCUCCAUGUUUCAAUUGACCUGUGCAAUGGCAGCUGAUGGGCUCCUUUUCCGAGCUCUUGCCCAGAUCCACACCCGUACUGGCACCCCCAUCAUGGCCAUCUUGGCUUCUGGAACUCUUACAGGACUCACGGCAACACUCCUCAGGAUCCUCGAUCUGGUGAAACUCAUGUCAGCCGGGAUCCUGCCUGCUUACACUCUUGUGGCUGUUUCCAUGCUUGUCCUCAGGUACCAACCAGACCAGAUUUUAAGCAACAGGGAGAAAACUGAAGAGGGAAAUGAGAUUUCUGACCAUGAAGCAAGUCUUUCAGAACCUGUACCUGAAGCAGGACCCUUAAGGAUUCUAAAGAGUCUGUGGUUCCCUACCAGCACCACCCCCAACCAGACAUCUGGGCAGAUUGUCUAUGGAUGUGCCUCUCUGCUUGUUCUCUUGCUGAGCAUCCUGAGCCUGAUCUUGGCCCAGUGGCCCAGACGUGUGUUCUCUGGAGACUCUGUGCUCACAACAGUGGCUGUGCUGCUGCUGCUGCUCAUCACUGGGGUCACAGCCAUCAUCUGGAGGCAGCCCCAGAACCCCACUUAUCUUACAUUCAGGGUCCCUGCUCUGCCUGUCCUCCCACUGGUGAGCAUCUUUGUGAACAUUUACUUGAUGAUGCAGAUAACUUCUGGGACCUGGAUCUUAUUUGGCAUCUGGAUGGCAAUUGGAUCUGUCAUAUACAUAGGAUAUGAGAUCCGACACAGCCUAGCAGGGAACAAACAUCAACAGCCAUCAGCCUCCACCACCCAGACUCCGGAUUAA